UCUCCACACCUGCUGUACACUGAUCCCCCGUCCUAUGACAAGUACCUCAAGCGAGGAGAUCACAGUCUCGUGGAUGCGCCCUCUUCUCGGCGUGUGCUCCGCCAAUGAUCAAACACGACUGCAAUGUCAUGUACGACCAUGAAGAAAAAAAGAUCAGGAGCCAAUGGCACCAUAUCGGACAAGUAUCCAUUCUACCAUUCAGCCUCUGGCAAGGUGUCAUUUUUUUUUCUCUGGCGCUUAGGACACUCAUCGUAAUUAUCACCUUUGACUCCUAUCACAACAUUUCUAGCACUCGUUUUCGAACAUGGCGAAACAUAUACCCUUCGUUUGUUUUUUUCAUUUGAUAUAUACAUUCUUCUUCACUUUUUUUGCUUCAUUUUUCUUCAUCGAAGCGGAAACUUUUGGGGCGGUCCUCUCUAGGUUGUGUUUUGUAUUAAGAGA